CCAAACAAUUAUUUCCACUCAGUGUCCCUUUUCCUUGCAAACUUCUUCAACAAUCCAAAACACUACAUAGGACUUAAUUUUCAAAAAGGAUCAUGAUACAACUCGAUUUGGGUUCUCCUCACUUUAAGCUACGCCACCUGGGUGAUUCUCUAUUUUCUGGGCUGGGUUUUUGUGGGUAUGAUGAUGGCGGUGAAGGACGGGUGGGUGAGGGCGGUGAUGACGGACGACAGGAUGGUGGUGGAGUUGUUGGUCAAGCUGAAGCAGGCGUAGGCGGCGCCAAAGGCUCGGAAAUCUGCGAUGGAGAACCCAGUUACGGCGUUGUUGUUGCAACCCACGAUUGGGGCAACAUAACAUGAAGAUAAGCAGAUGCAGUAAUAGAAAAUUGAGAUUUGUUUUUUCUAAAUUUAAUUGUGAUUUGAUUUUUGUAAUGAAAUUCAUAAGAUUAUAGAAAAUUUUCGUUAAUUCAUUUCAUUUGCAGGUAAUUGAAAUAUGGGUUUGUUUCAAAAUGAUCAGUUAGAAUUAUCUUGUGGUGUUAGCUGUUUGGUUUAUGAGAAAAUAAAAGAAAUAAAUGUGAACUGACUUU